AUUAUUUCCUUUUUUCCUAUAUCAGAAUGUCAGAAUUACGGAAGUCUUAACAACGGUCACAGAAAGAUUACGUACAUUUUUUUCCACGGUUGUGACAGUGGACUCGGACCAAGUUGGUAUCGUUUCGAGGGAUCCGCCGGUACAAGAAUGCCAACUUCAUGUCCACCGCAAAACAGAUGUGGCACAAGUGCAACCGGCUGGAUGAAUGGUGGACACCCUACAGUAGCAGAUGGUCAGGUCAACAGGACGGUGUGUUUUCACUGGGGUAGCUGCUGUAAUUGGUCAACAAACAUCAAAGUGAGAAAUUGUGGUUCAUAUUAUGUGUACUAUCUUAAUGGUACACCUGGGUGCGAUCUCCGUUAUUGUGGCACUAACUAA